AUGGCAUCAACACAACAACAACGCAUUAUUCUUGUUACGGGUGCUAAUCGAGGUCUCGGUUUCGAAGUUGUAAAGAAACUUGUCAACCAAUCGAAUUCAAACAAGGAUUUAAUCUUACUUGGCACUCGUGAUCUGAAACGUGGCCAAGAUGCGAUCAAUCAAUUGGGUUCACCGUCCAAUGUGCACGCAUUUCAAUUGGACACAUCAUCAUCCGAUAGUAUUGCACAGGCAGCAAAUGUUAUCAAGCAGAAAUAUGGAGGAAAACUAGAUAUUCUCAUUAACAAUGCUGGUAUCGUAUCGAUGGAACAGACACUUGAUGCUGCUCGUGAGGUGUUUGCUACUAAUUAUUAUGGAGUAAAAUUAAUUAAUCAACAGUUAUCUCCAUUCAUUAGAGAAAAUGGUCGUAUAGUUAAUGUAGCAAGUGAAGUAGGUGCUUGGACAUUGUAUGAUGCAUCAGUCGAUCUUCAAAAUAGAUAUACGUCGUCAUCGCUGACCGAAGAGCAACUUGAUGCACUUGUCAAAGAUUUCUUUUCUGCUAUUGAAACGAACCGUUUGGAAGAGAUCGGUUAUCGUAGUAAAUUACCUUUUCAGACAUAUGGCGUGUCAAAAGCAGCACUCAUCGCUCUAACAAGAAUAGAAGCUCGUUCAUGGUCAGGUGCAAAAGGUGUCUUAGUGGUUGCAGUAUGUCCAGGUUAUUGUGAUACUGAUAUGAAUAAAGGUAGACCAGGAACACGUCCAGCUGCUGUCGGUGCCGAUUCUAUUCUCCAUGCAGCUUUGAGUCCUGCAAACGAAUUAGAGAAUGGGGCAUUCUAUCAAGAUGGAAAGAAGCAAGCACAAGCUCUUCCAUGUCCGAUGGAUCUCAGCAAAAUGUCUCAACACUAG